AAAAAGAAAAACUAUCACGUCAUCUCUGAUAACCAUGACGUCAGCCCAAAAAACCCCAAACUUCUGGGCAAUACUCUCCGACACGUGGCGCGUGAUCAACGCCCAGCCCCGCCAUUUCUCCGUCCUCUCAAUUCUCUUCCUCCUCCCGAUCUCAAUUUCCAGCGGCGUUUACCCUUUCCUUUUCCCGCCGCCCAAUUAUAAUAAUAUUAAUAAUUCAAAUUCAGUUCCUUCUCAAUUAAUUAUCCAAUUUAUUUACCUCCUUUUCGCAGUCAUCUUCGGCCUUUGCGGCGGCGCGUCCAUCACACACACCGCCAUCCACGGUUUCUACGGCGAACCCGUAGGAAUCGCCGCCGCGCUCAAAUCAAUUCCGGUCUCGUUCCUCCCUCUUUUCGCGACCAAAUUAGUCUACCUGGUAAUUCUAUGGUUGAUUUUUUCCUGUUACGGGAUUUUAAUCGCGUUUGCGUACGGCGGGCUUCUUCUAUUCGGUGUCCAAUUGGACUACGGCGGUCCGAAUUUCGUCGCCUUCCUAGUCGUGAUGACCGUCCUUCUUAUGGCGGCUACGAUUUACAUCCAAGUGGGGUGGUGCUUGUCGACGGCGGUGGUGGUUGUGGAGUCGCGUUGGGGCUACGCGCCGCUGAAGAGGAGUUGGUAUCUGGUUAGAGGGAUGAAAUGGGUCGUGUUUGGGACGCUUAUGCUACUGGCAGUUCCGUCGGGACUUUUGUCGAUGUGGUAUUCGAGUAUGGUGACUAAAGCCGCCGCCGCCGCCGGAAGUGGCGGCGAUGGAAUAUGGACAGUUAUAAGUUGCGGGUUUGUUGUGGAGAUGAUUGUUUGUGUGUGUGUGUGGACCGUAGCCUCGCUGUAUAGUACGGUGGCGACCACCGUGCUGUUCAUCUACUGCAGAGCCGCCCACGACGGCGGCGGCGAUGAGAUGGCGGCGUUUGAGAACGGCGGUGGGAAGUUCGGUCGGGUAUAUGCACAAGUACCUUAUAACGACGAUGCUGUCUAAUAUAAAAAGAGUGUCGAUAAAAAAUAUUUUGUUGUGUUUGAUUUCCGAGAAAUUUAAAUUGGUUUAUAUUGAUUUGUGUAAUAAAAUAAUAUUGCUUUGAAUUUUGAUUA